AUAUAUAUAUUACUUUUUAAAUGGCAAAACCAUGCUCAGAAUCAUUCCAUUUCUUCCCAUACUUAAAUGAAACGCCCACAUAACAGACCAUCCCAUCCACUAUUUUAAUGAGAUCUAAAUCUGUCAAGGAUUGUCAACACUCAUCAGUGUGGAUAUUUUUAGGACUUGUAGGUGCAAAAGAACUUAAUUUUUUCUAGACAAAAGCAGUAUUAAUAAUACAACAUAGUUCAUAAACAUUGACUGGUACUCAUUAUCAGAAAGGGCAGCUGGAAAAAAAAAUCAUUUUACAUUCCAAUCUUCAGGACAUUGGUAGACUCCAGAGCAGUACAAUAAAUAAUGAGCUUGCUUACUGCUGUUGUGUGGGAAAAGAGAAGAGGAGCUGGAGGUGAUACUGCAGGAAUAAAACAGACUAAGUAGGCAUGACAGGAGUAUGGGGGCUAAAUGUAAUGACAGGAACUUCAUAACACAUUCUUCAUAAAAGUGACAGGAAAAGCAAAGGAGGUGAACAGCACUCUGCCAAAAGCAUCUAUUCAAAUGCUGAAAUAACGAAGGAUAAUUUUUGGUAGGACAUGCAUGGCUAAACUGCUGGCUUUAAAAAUGAAGGAUAAUUGAGAAUUCCAGGAAGAAUGGUACUAAAGACUGGAGAUCAUGAGCACAAAACAGUGAAGAUUAAGCAAUCAUAGUCUAAGUUGCAAAAGCAUAUAUUAAGUACUCCCUAGAGGCACUUGUUUGAUUAAAGUACUUUUAAAACUAUCUCAGAAAUUUGGAAGAAUUUAAAAUCCUUUACUUCAGUACAUUUUUGUCAGCUCUGAGAUUAAAUAUACACACACUGUAAAUAUUUAGGGCAUAACUUUAUAUUCAUCAUAAUGUACACCAAACUGUAGCCUUUGGAUUAUUCCUAGCAGUGACCACCUCAUUAAUCCAGAAUCUCUCUUCAAAUCCUUCAGUGCUGCAGGUGGUGUCAGAAGGGAGCAUGAGCUUAAAAUAGAGUAAGGGAGAUCUGGUCAGGCAUCUUCAGCCACACAUUGAGUUCCUACCUUCUCAGAUGAAAACUAGGGAAGGUGUGUCUUGGAUUCCACCAGGACACACCAGGACUCCGAUAUGCAGUACUAAUAAAUCUGCUGUAGGGCUAAGACACUGCGCAAGCUCUCUGUAAGUGUCAAUGGCCAGCUCACCUUAGAUCCAAAGGAACAGUGUAGAAAACAGCAAAGGCUUUGCUCAGAGAUGACCAUCUAAAUGCAAGGUCAGGAUGGGAAAAGAGAUUACAUGGAGCUGGAAGGUUUCACUAGAGCAAAGGCGUUGCUUGUGUUUAGAGUAUUCUGUUUAGGAAGGGAAGUUACUUUCUGCCAGCUGGCAUUUUCCAACACUUUCUUUAAUCAAAGCAUGACCAGGUUUGCUGUUACAUGAAGCCUAGAGUAUAUCAUGCAGGGAAAUACUGCACUUGAUGAAGUGCUGGUAGUUAUAUCUGGAAACAUCUAAAGAAAGUGUAACUGUUUGAGGUCUAGAAUCCAUUUGUCACGGUUUAACCCCAGCUGGCAGCUAAGCACCACUACACCUCACACACUCACCCCCAGCAGGAUGUGGGCGAGAACUGGAAGGGCAAAAGUAGGAAAAGUUUUGGGUUGAAAAAAAGAUAUUUAAAUAAGUAAAGGAAAAGUCAUGCACACAAGCAAAGCAAAAGAAGAAACUCAUUCACUCCUUCCCAUAGGCAGGUGCGGGUUCAGCCAUCCCCAAGAAAUCUGGGCUUUAUCACACCUAAUGAUGACUUGGGAAGACAAACAACAUCACUGCAAAUGUCCCCCUCCCUUCCUUCUUCUUCCCUCACUUUAUAUACUGAGCAUGGUGCCCUAUGGUCUGAAAUAUCCCUUUGGUCAGUGGGGGACAGCUGUCCCAGCUGUGUCCUCUCCCAAUUCCUCAUGUACCCCCAGCCUCCUGUCUGGCAGGACGGGGUGAGGAACACAAAAGGCCUUGAUUCUGGGCAAGCCCUGUGCAGCAACAACCAAAACAUCCUGGUGUUAUCCUUUCCAGCACAAAACCAAAAAGUCCCAUACCAACUACUCUGAAGAUAAACUCCACCCCAGCCAAAACCAGCACACCAUUGCUAAUUUCAAAGAUUUAAUUUCAAACCUAUUUACAUGACAAAAAAAAAAUAGUUGUGUUUGUGCUCUCUGCACUAAGUAGAAGGAAAAUUUGGUCUCUGAAGUGCAGAUUUUACAAAGAUUGUCUAUGUGUUGAUAGAAGACAACUCUCAAAUGAGCAAAAUGUGAGGUUUUAUGUAGAGUGAAGCCUUCAUAGCAGCUUGUUGUACUAUGGAACUUCGUAACACAUGAUUUUCACCUUGAGAGGUACAAAAGUCUGUAGGAAUUUCCUUGCAGACAUUGUGUUCUGAACAAGCAGAGUAGUUUUUUGUGGCCAGAUAUUCAGGACAAGAGUUAAGGGGUAGAUCCACAUCCAGAUACUUCUCCUGUGUGAGCAACUGCAUGAGGUUUUGACACUGGUUAGUGACCCUGCUCCCAACACCAUCCCCCAAAUCCCCAGCAAUAAGGCAACUGCAUGGCUUAGGGGAUUGGUAAUCGGAUACCUCACCUCCAGGUCAUCCUAGGUCUCUGGUUCAAGAGCAGCAAGGCUUUGUAAUGACUUAAAUGCCAUUGCAUAUUUAUUUGGAGUCAUACAUGGAGAAGUGAACAUAUGAUUUCUAUGUGAAAAGCAGUAGGUGUCCACAUACAGAUACAAACAUUUUGACAGUUGCCAGCCUGUUUGAAACAUUUGAAUUACUAAAUAUCAGUCUAACAGAGAUUUGAAUAAUUCCCUAAUAACAGAUUUGUGUUUGGCUUUAAUACUGUCUUUAUAGUAAAAGCAUCAUGGUUUAUCUUUAUUUAUAUAUUAUGUACUUAUUUUACUUUUAUAUAUACUUAUGUUUUUAUAUAUACAUUUAUAUUUACUUACAUUUUGUCACUAAGUGGGACUAAAGCUUAUGUUUAACCCUCCAUCUUUUUCUCUCCAGGUUGUAAAAGACUUUGAAAAGGGGUUUUGAAUAGUACUGGAGGCAAUCCAAAGCCAAAUUUAAUUUGAAUUUUCUGUCUUAGCUGAUACAAAUUCAACAAGAGUGAAAAUAUAUUCUAUAGGUCUUCUUAGGCACUUUACUACAUAGAAGGAACUGUAAGUGCUUCUUAACGGUAAGAAUUACAGUUCUUAAUUCUUAACGGUAAGAAUUUGAAACUUCAGCACAUCUUUAACAAGGAUACAAUUGAAAUAAAACACUUCCAAGGUCAGUAUUAACCUAAUACUUCUGGAGUCAGACUGCAUGGCCUGAGCGUGAGAAGAAAAAAAAGGUAGAUGAUGCUUGCUGUUGAGGAAUCAGGGCAGGAAGCUAUAAUGGUCAAAGAGAAGCAUGACGCCUUCUCCAAUCUGCUGUCAUUGGUGGCCCCGGCAAAGAGGGGCUGGCUGGCAUGAACACCCUGUCCAUUGGCCCGUACUGCCUCCCAGUGGGCAUCAGCUACUUCUCUUUCUGGAUAAAACCAAAGCAGGGGGUUUAAAAUUCCUGGUACAGAAGCCAUUGUCCUCGGAUAGCUAAUGGGGGAGUUCACUGACAGCGAGACUUCAGGUAUGUAAAACCAAAACAACAAAGCUCUUCAUCAUCUUCCAAGGGUGUAGCUCUCUGUGAAAUCACAGAUGCUUGGCUUAUCUUUGCCUAUGGCUUCAAUGUAGAAUAUACACUUCCAUCUGAAAAAAAAAAAAAAAAGAAAAAAAUCUGGUUUCGGCAGGCAGCCUUACAAAUUUGAUUUAUUAUCCUAUCAAGUUGCUCUGUCCCCACCACUCUCAGCUCUGAGGAGCAGCAGCAGAGCAGUAGCACAUCUCAUGGCUGUAUCCUCCAUGCAGUGCUAAAACUAACUUUAUUUUUCUUCUUGCUUUCUUGAGUGUGCUGAGAGCAACAGCACAGGGCAUUAAAAAGGGAUGCCAAAAAUGAAGAAUGAAACAACAUGAGAAAAGAGCAUUGUUUGCUGCAGUAAGGUCUCCACUGAAGACUGCAGGAAAAGUUGGGGAGAUGCUUCUAUACUUCUUUGACAGCCUACCAACCUUCCCAGUUUACAGCCCAACUUGCCUUUUCCUUCUUGGCUCAGCAAGCCAGGGGAUCUCUUCAGACCUGGGCACCUCAACUCUAUGUGUUUCCCAUCCAAAAAAAUCCUAAAAGUCCCUCCCAGCACUAUGCAGAUGUUGCUAUCUACCUGAAAACAGUCACCUAAAUUUUUGUGUUGGGAUAUACGUGUGGCUGCUGCAGCUGCAGACAGGGAGAGGGCUUUGAGGAAAACAGUUCUGUGCUCCUGUGGAAGUCACAGGACUGUGCAAACACUUGUAAGUAUUAGAGCUGUUGCUCAUGCCUUAAACACUGCAUUUGUCUAUGUCUCAUACCUUGACCUUACAGAAUAGAGAAGGGAAAAAAAAAAAAAAACCAAACACACACAGUGCUAUAGCACAAGUUAUAUGAACAAAUACUUCUGUGGCUAGGUGUGUCGAAUUACAAAGAUCACUUAGGUGUGGGCAGUUCUUUCCUCCAGAGUUAUCCUGUUCAAGGUGUAAUAUCCUGUUUUGUUUCUGCAGUCCUUAUCAUUGAAAGUUCAAGAUCCAUGGAUCCGAUACCCUCCCGGUGCACAUAAGAAAUAGAAUGGAAAAACAUCGGAGCAAGGGCAUAGUAUUGAAUACAGUGAAAAAAAAAAAAAAAACAAAAAUAGUAUUACAUUAGAAGUACUCUGUUUUUGCAUCACUCUGGUUUUUGGAGAGCUUACAUUACCAGGUUUCUGUGCGUGUGUACGUGCACGUGUGGCAUUCCUUCAAAGCAGGAAAUAGGAUGCCUAACUUUUAGUGCAGAAAAUUAGUAACAAAAUAACACACAAGGUGUGGGGCUGAUAGCAUCUCUGUAAUCUUGUACUUAAUCUGCUAUCCCCAAGAAAAAUCUGUUGACUUUCCAGGUCUACUCUGCCCAGGCUGCACACAACAAUUAAUGGGCCUGCGUUACCGUACGCAGCUCCUGAAGUUAAACGUUUGCACCUUAAUUUUUACAAAUCGGUGCCCAAGCAACGCUGCCCACCCAACCGGGAAAGCCGAAACGCCACCCGAGGUGUCCCAGGGCUCCCCCGUUUCCCGGAGGGCGGCAGGGCGGCUGGCCGCAGCCGCGGUCCGGGCGGGAGCAGGUGCACACGGGAGCGCACGCCAGGCGCCGAGCCGGGGCGGGGGCAGGAGCCGGAGCGAGCGGCGGCCCGGGGCGAGGCGCUCCCGCCCCGGUGCGGGGCGGCCACGUGGAACCGCGCGGCUCCCGCGGCAGCCACUUCCUGCUCCGCAUCACCCCGGCCGCUGCGCCCGGCGGGGAGACGAGCGCGCAGCCCGCAGCCUACCGGGGCGGCGCGGGGGAGGGAGAAAAAAGGAGGGGGAAGGAAGAAAAAAAAAAGUUUGUACGUGCGGCGGCGAGAGGACAGCCUCCGCAGGCGGGCGGCUGCCGGAGAGCAGCGGCGGCCGGGGGAGGCGGGGGAGCGGCGGCGGGGCCGUGCCGCGCGGUGCCGCGGGGGACGGAAGGCGGCCGGUGCGCGGGGCCGGGCGCUGCGUGCGCGGCGGCGGGAGGCAGAGGGCGGGCGGGAGGAUGCGGCUGAAGCUGGGCUUCCUGCUGCGCGCCGUGCUGCUGGCGGGCAGCUUCUUGGGGCUGCUGCUGCUCUGGUCCUCGCUGUCGCCCCGCGCCGAGGAGCCGGAUCUCCCGGGACGAACGCGGGAUGACAAAGAAGCCAACAGACCCCUGCCAAACAAAGGAGACCAUGGACUAGGAAAUGAGAAAUUCAAACCUGUGGUACCUUGGCCUCAUGUUGAAGGUGUGGAAGUGGACUUGGAAUCCAUUCGAAGGAAAAAUAAGGCCAAAAAUGAACUAAAUCAGCAUGGUGUUGAUAACAAGCAGCAAAACAUCCUCCAGAGGCAGUAUCUCACAUUUAAACCUCAGACAUUUGUAUACCCAGAUCCUGUGUUACGACCUGGAGUCCUUGGUAAUUUUGAACCCAAAGAGCCUGAGCCUCAUGGAGUUGUUGGUGGCCCUGGAGAGGAGGCGAAGCCAUAUGUUUUAGGACCAGAUUACAAAGAAUCCGUUCAAGCCAGCAUUAAAGAGUUUGGGUUUAAUAUGGUGGCAAGUGACAUGAUCUCGCUAGACCGGAGCGUUAAUGACUUGCGUCAAGAAGAAUGCAAAUACUGGCAUUAUGAUGACAACCUGCUCACCUCCAGCGUUGUCAUCGUCUUCCAUAAUGAAGGGUGGUCCACGCUCAUGAGAACAGUCCACAGUGUCAUCAAAAGAACACCAAGAAAAUACUUGGCAGAAAUUGUUCUGAUUGAUGAUUUUAGCAACAAAGCACACUUACAGGAGAGGCUGGAUGACUACAUAAAGCAGUGGAAUGGCCUUGUAAAGGUAUUUCGAAAUGAGAGGAGAGAAGGCUUGAUCCAAGCUAGAAGCAUUGGAGCCCAGAAGGCUAAACUUGGACAGGUUUUGGUUUACCUUGAUGCCCAUUGUGAGGUGGGAAUUAAUUGGUAUGCACCACUUAUAGCUCCUAUAUCUAAGGACAGAACCACAUGCACGGUGCCGCUUAUAGAUGUCAUAGAUGGCAACACUUUUAAGAUUGUGCCGCAAGGGGGUGGUGACGAAGAUGGGUUUGCUAGAGGAGCGUGGGAUUGGAGUAUGCUAUGGAAGAGGGUUCCCUUGACCAAGAGAGAGAAGGAAAGCAGAAAGACAAAAACUGAACCGUAUCGAUCCCCUGCAAUGGCUGGUGGAUUGUUUGCCAUUGAACGUGACUUCUUCUUUGAACUGGGUCUCUAUGAUCCAGGGCUUCAAAUCUGGGGUGGUGAAAAUUUUGAAAUUUCUUACAAGAUCUGGCAGUGUGGGGGGAAACUGCUGUUUGUUCCCUGUUCUCGUGUUGGACACAUCUAUCGUCUCCAGGGCUGGCAAGGAAAUCCACCCCCUGUGUACGUUGGGUCUUCUCCUACACUAAAGAACUAUGUCAGAGUUGUAGAAGUGUGGUGGGACGAAUACAAAGAUUAUUUCUAUGCCAGCCGGCCGGAGACAAAAGCGCUACCCUAUGGAGAUAUAUCUGAGCUGAAAAAAUUCCGUGAAGAUCACAACUGCAAAAGUUUUAAGUGGUUUAUGGAAGAAAUAGCAUAUGAUAUAACUUCAUAUUACCCCUUACCACCCAAAAACGUGGACUGGGGAGAGAUUAGAGGCUUUGAAACUUCUUACUGCAUCGACAGCAUGGGGCACACCAACGGUGGCUUUGUUGAGCUUGGGCCGUGCCACAGAAUGGGAGGAAAUCAGCUUUUCCGAAUCAACGAAGCCAAUCAACUCAUGCAGUACGAUCAGUGCUUAACUAAAGGACCAGAUGGAUCCAAAAUUAUGAUUACACACUGUAAUCAGAAUGAAUUCAAGGAGUGGCAAUUCUUCAAGAAUCUGCACAGAUUUACUCACAUUCCAUCAGGGAAGUGCUUGGAUCGCUCCGAAGUCCUCCAUCAAGUUUUCAUUUCAGAGUGUGACUCCAGUAAAGCAACACAAAAAUGGGAAAUGAACAACAUCCUUAGUGUGUAGACAGACAAAACCUACCUACUGACGCAUUCAUUUGUACAGGACUGAAAAUAGCCUGAAAACUGCUGCAGUUAUUAACUUUGUACAGCUGUGAGCCUCCUGGCUUGGAUGAAGGACAUAGAGGAACUGUGAUUAUUACAAUAACAUUAUCAUCCGCAGUUAAUGUUUACAAAACUGCUUUACCUUAAACUCUGUAGAUGUUUACAUCUUUUUGUUUCAAGAUGUUGGUAAAUUAAUGUGCUGUUAGCUAUGAUUCAUAGGAACAUAGUUAAAAGCAUUGUCGUCUUCUUUGGGAUUACACUCAGGGGUCUGAAGGCAGUUUUUUUACACACACUUGAAAAGGUUGUAGUAAUCAGAUUUUCAUAGAACUUGGUGAUUAUCAACCUGUUGUAUAUUUUUAUUUAAUUUUACAUCUUACUAAGCACUGCCACAGGUUAUUAGCCAGGGUGGCCUUCUCUCACAGUCAUGCUGCUUUUUUGGAAGAUGAAUUUCAACAUAUUUAGUGCCUCUUUCAUUUCUCUCUUUCACAAGGAAAGCAUUUGUUGGAAAUUUACAGUGGGUUGUUCUGAGCUGUCACCAGGGGUAGGGACCAACUGUACCACCCUAUGUAAUUACUGUGCUAAUGAAGACAAAUUUCUAUUGCCAGUUUGGCUGCUCUGCUCCAGCUGAAUGCUUGGUAUGGUGGAAGGAAGACUGUCAAGUUUAGUGCUAAUGUGGUACAAUUUGAUGGAGGUAAGCACCCUCAUGAAUCCAGUUAAGAAUUUAUAAGCACUAAUUUGCUUGUUUAAACCAUGCCUUACAUAAAAAUAAUUUAAAUCAACAACAACAACAAACAAGCUGCACAAUUGUGUAAAACUUGGAAAGAAUCAACUAUUUCAUUUAUACUGCUAUUUUAAAUGGAAAUCACUUAGAGGUGGACUAAAACUUUUAAUUAGGGAAAAAACAUCCAGCUACUUAACACAUCUGCGUAAUUCAUCACAAGGACAUCUGUCAGCCAGUUUGGGUGCCAGAUUUAGAUUCCAAAAGAGAAAUGGAAAUCUUGAAAUGACACUUGUUCAUACUAAUUUUCUUGUUAUUUCUGUCAUUCACAACUUCUCCAGAGGGAUUGCAAACACGAAAAGCCAACUGCUUGGUGCUAUAGUGUACAGAGUAGAAUGUGAAGAAGUUGUUUCUAAAAAUGUUCUGGAAAGGAGUUGAUGGAAACUCCUUUAGGAAUAUAAAUAUUCACUCUGAACGAAUAGAGAAGUGGAUAGGAAAUGACUUAUCCUCACUUCCUUUCUCUAGAUUUUGUAACUUAAAUGUUGACAUCAGUGUACUGAUUCCAUAACUGUUAUCCCUGUAACGUGUCACACAAUUAAGUACGACUAAAUACUUCCCUGAAGUCUAGACUAGCAUUGCAUGCAGUUUCCAUUGAUGUUAACAAGGGUUAUGUAUCAUAUUUGGUGACAGAGUUGGAUCUUUAUAGGGCUGUCAGCACUGAUCUAUUUGGGAUCUUUCCUAGUUUCUUUAAACUUCUCAUCUAUCCUUAAAAGCUAUGGAAAAUAGAAAAUAAAGAAGGGAGAAACUGGGAAGAAAAAUGAAAAGAAGGUUUUGUGCUGGUACUUGUUCCUCGUGUGUGUGAAAACUGACUCCAUUUGUGUGUUGGGUAGAUUAAUUUAAUCAUACAACUAUGCAUAAGAGAAAGAAUGGUGGCACAUAAAUUGUGCGGGUGUGCAUUUUAAAUGGGUAUUAUGUGCAAUUCAUUGAAAGCUGAUGCUGUAUGUGAGUAUGAAUCUGUAUGUGAGACUGAAACCUUACAAAACAUGAGAUCAUAAGAAACUGUUGCUGUAAUGAGUUUUUCCUACUAUAGCUGGCUUGGAAAAAAAUAAUUCCCAUAUUCUUGCUUUGUAAGUUGAUGAUAAUAUCACUAUGCAUUUCUACAUAUUUUAUAAAUUUGAUUUAUGCAGAUUUUGAUACACUGUAUGUUUCUGUAGAAAUUGUAUAAAUCUUUAAAAAAUUUAUUAGGGAAAAAUCUGGGAAACCUAUGUAUAUCUUACCCAUGGGUUGCUUGUUUUUUAGGUGAAGUAAAUAAAAUAUUUGAAUUUUUUGUUUUACUAUA